UUUUUCCUCAUUCCUCUGCCCCUUUUUACUUUCCUUGAGUCCCUCUUUUCUCUUCAUGUUCCCUUUUUUUCCUGUAAUACUUUUUCCUUGUCCCUUUGUGCUAUUUCCGUUUUUGUCUUUUUCCUCCCCCUUUUCCCAUUUCUUUUUUUUCUGUUCCGUAUUUCUGUUUUCCCUAACCCCGUUUUCUCUUUAACUUUGCCCCUGUUUCCUCUUUCCUCUUCCAAAAAUCAUCAUCAAUAGUUUCUCUUUAUAUUUCGUGGCCUUGUCUCAGUCAACAGCGCCCUCUAUACACCAAAAACUUUUCCAGAAGUUGUUAAUGUUUCCCGACCCAAUAAAGUGUGGUACCCUACCCCAAGGUCGAUGUGUGACCUGAUUUUCGGGAGGGUACAUGGGGGCACCAGUCUCGGCGUACAGGUGCACGAAUUUGCGACUUUGCAAGGGGGUGGUACUGACGUAAUGCAAGAUUUCUUUAGUUUUUAAAGCGCUACAUUAUCGAAACAGUCUUAAAAGUAAACCUCACAAGUUGCUUAGCCUCUGCACCCGUUAUUAAAGGACUCAAGAUGUGAGUUUCAGGUUUGCUGUUUGAAAGAAACGAGACAUUUUAAGAUGAGUUUGUACCGGGACGAUGCGUUCGAACAGUUCGAUGCGGAACUGGACAUAAGUUACCACAUACGCGUUGCUAUGGUAGGGGAUGCAGGAACGGGAAAGACCAGCCUGCUGCUAAAAUACACGGACAAUAACGGAAGCAGGACUUCCCCGGAGCACACAGUGGAUGUCAGGACCAAAAUGUUGAUCAGGAACGGGCACAGGAUCAAGUUGGAAGUGCAGGACACAGCAGGUUUGGAACGGUAUCGGAGCCUGACCAGAUCACAUUACAACAACAUCACGGGUGCUCUGCUGGUAUUUGAUCUGACGAAUGAGGUCUCCUUUCAGCACCUAACAUACUGGCACGAGGAGCUAUACAAAAACGCUGACAAACUGGUACAAGCCAUUCUAGUCGGGACCCACUGUCAGAACAAGGAGAAUCGUGAAGUCGCAGAGGAAAGCAUCCGCAGGCUGGCCGAACACUUUGAGAUGCAGUACAUGGAGGUGAGUUCCCAGACGAACCAUAACGUGGAAUCCUGCUUCGAGACACUGGUGGACAAGAUUAUUGAGAAGCACGCGGAGAAGGUGAAUGUGCUGCCCUACGAGGGGAUUCAACUGAAGGAAGACCCAGAUAAAAAAUGGUCUUUCUCACAAUGCUGUAAAUAAUUAAAGUUUAAAUAAUUGCCAUGGUUCUUGUUGCCAUUGCAAAUGGUUGCUUAAGAGAAUUUAAAUUUAAAAGAAAAAUAUCAUGAGACAGUUUCCUCCAUGUCUCACUGACUAUCAGCCCAAGUCACCAAAUAAAAUUGUUAUUCUUAAGAGGCAUGGACAACAUAAGUUUGCUGAAAUUUUUAUAGUUUUCAAAAGAAUUGUUUUGUACCUUUAUAGAUAAAACAUAGACAUAAUUAAUGUAUAUAAAACCUGUGAGCUUAUCAUUGCUAUUUUCAUAAAGAGGUAUAUUCUAGUGUGUGGAAGAAAAUGGAAUUUGAUGGCAGUUUAACUCUGUCGACUUAAUUAACUUAAUUAGACAGGAUUAAAAUGAUUCACAUACAACAUAGCAUUAAUUCGGGCGAUUCACAAUGCAGUGCGCCACCAAGAGUUUGCCAUGGUGAGUU